AUGCUAUGCUAUGGAUGUCAUACAUCAAUUGAUGAUCCAUAUUAUUUAAUGACUGUUGAUCGUAGUUGGCAUUUAUCAUGUUUAAAAUGUACUGACUGUGGAAUAUUACUUGAAAAAGAAUCAACAUGUUUUUCCAAACAAGGAAAUUUCUUUUGUAAAAAUGAUUAUAUUAAAAAAUAUUGUUCUUAUAAUUGUACACGAUGUAAUAAAACAAUUAAACAAGAUGAAUUAAUACUUCGUGCUGAACAAUUAAUUUUUCAUUUGAAAUGUUUUACAUGUAAUAUAUGUAACAUUCUUCUUCAUCCAGGUGAUGAUUAUGGUCUUAAAGAUAAUCGUAUUUAUUGUCGUGAUCAUUUUUUUGAUCAAGAUUCAUACGAUUCAUAUAUAAUUCUUGAUGAUUCAGGUUAUCAUACAUCACCAAAUGAAACACGUAAAAUAAAAAACUAUCAACAAGAAAAUGAAGAACAUAUUCUAAAACUUUCAUCAACAUUAUUUUCUUCAUCAUAUUAUAUUGAAAUAGAUGAUAAUACAUCAAAUAAAAUUCAUCAUAAAAGACAAAAACGUCUUCGAACAAGUUUUAAACAUCAUCAAUUACGUUCUAUGAGAUCAUAUUUUAAUUUAAAUCAUAAUCCAGAUGCAAAAGAUUUAAAAAAUCUAUCGGAAAAAACUAGUUUACCUAAACGUGUUUUACAAGUUUGGUUUCAAAAUGCUCGUGCAAAAUAUCGUCGUAGUAAUACAUCAUCAAAAGAAAUUCGAACAAGUUUAUCACCAUCGAGCAAUAGCAACGAUUUAUAA